AUAGAAAAUAUCCCCACUACACCAUAAUCACAAUGGUCAGCUCCUCUAUCUUAGGUUUCCCACGUAUCGGUGGACAAAGAGAAUUGAAAAAGACUACCGAAGCCUACUGGCAAGGUAAGGUCUCCGUCGACGACUUGUUGGCUCAAGGUAAGCAAUUGAGAGCCCACAACUGGCAAUUGCAAAAGGAUGCCGGUGUUGACGUGAUCCCAUCCAACGACUUCUCGUUCUACGACCAAGUCUUGGAUCUCUCGUUGCUCUUCAACGCUAUCCCUGAAAGAUACACCAAGUUUGACUUGGCUCCUAUCGAUGUUCUUUUCGCCAUGGGUAGAGGUUUGCAAAGAAAGGCCACUGAAACCACCGCUGCUGUCGAUGUCACUGCUUUGGAAAUGGUCAAGUGGUUCGAUUCCAACUACCACUAUGUUAGACCAACUUUCUCCCACUCCACCGAAUUCAAGUUGAACACUGCUGCAGGUGUCAAGCCAGUUGAUGAAUUCAACGAAGCCAAGGCCUUGGGCAUCCACACCAGACCAGUCAUCUUGGGUCCAGUCUCCUACCUUUAUUUGGGUAAGGCUGACAAGGACUCUCUUGACUUGGAACCAAUCUCAUUGUUGGAAAAGGUCUUGCCUGUCUACAAGCAAUUGUUAGCUCAAUUGAAGGCUGCCGGUGCCAACGAAGUCCAGAUCGACGAACCAGUCUUGGUGUUGGACUUGCCAGAAGAAAUCCAGUCCAAGUUCCAACAGGCUUACGACGCUUUAGUUGGUGCUGACUUGCCAGAAUUGGUCUUAACCACCUACUUCGGUGACGUCAGACCAAACUUGUCUGCUAUUUCCAAGUUGCCAGUUGCUGGUUUCCACUUUGACUUUGUCAGAGUCCCAGAACAAUUGGACGAAGUUGCUGCUAUCUUGACCGACAAGCAGACUCUUUCCGUCGGUAUUGUUGAUGGUAGAAACAUCUGGAAGACUAACUUCGCCAAGGCAACUGCUUUUGUUCAAAGUGCCAUUGCCAAGGUAGGUGCAGACAGAGUUGUUGUUUCCACUUCCUCUUCGUUGUUGCACACCCCAGUCGACUUGGAAAAUGAAGCCAAGUUGGACCCUGUAAUCAAGGACUGGUUCUCUUUUGCUACCCAGAAGUUGACUGAAGUCGUCACCAUCGCAAAGGGCGUUUCUGGUGAAGAUGUUUCUGAAGCUUUGGCUGCUAACGCUGCCUCCAUCAAGUCCAGAACUGAAUCUUCUAUCACUACCAACCCUAAGGUUCAGGAAAGAUUGGCCACCAUCAACGAAUCUUUGUCUACUAGAAAGGUUCCUUUCCCAGAAAGAUUGGCUGUCCAAAAGGGUAAGUACAACUUGCCAUUGUUCCCAACCACUACUAUCGGUUCUUUCCCACAAACCAAGGACAUUAGAGUCAACAGAAACAAGUUUGCCAAGGGUACCAUUACUGCUGAAGAGUAUGAAACUUUCAUUAACAAAGAAAUCGAAACUGUGAUCAGAUUCCAAGAAGAAGUUGGUUUGGAUGUCUUGGUCCACGGUGAACCAGAAAGAAACGAUAUGGUCCAAUACUUUGGUGAACAAUUGGAAGGUUUCGCUUUCACCACUAACGGUUGGGUUCAAUCUUACGGUUCCAGAUAUGUCAGACCACCUAUUGUUGUUGGUGAUGUCUCCAGACCAAAGGCCAUGACUGUCAAGGAAUCUGUAUACGCCCAAUCCAUCACCAAGGCACCAGUUAAGGGUAUGUUGACUGGUCCAGUGACCUGUUUGAGAUGGUCUUUCCCAAGAGAUGAUGUCUCUGGUAAGGUCCAGGCCUUGCAAUUGGGUUUGGCUUUGAGAGACGAAGUCCAAGACUUGGAAGCUGCUGGUAUUACCGUCAUCCAAGUCGACGAACCAGCCAUCAGAGAAGGUUUGCCAUUGAGAGCCGGUAAGGAAAGAUCUGACUACCUCAACUGGGCUGCCCAAUCUUUCAGAGUUGCCACUUCUGGUGUUGAAAACACGACCCAGAUUCACUCUCACUUCUGUUACUCUGACUUGGAUCCAAACCACAUCAAGGCUUUGGAUGCUGAUGUUGUCUCUAUUGAAUUCUCCAAGAAGGACGACCCUAACUACAUCCAAGAAUUCUCUGACUACCCUAACCACAUUGGUUUAGGUUUGUUCGAUAUCCACUCUCCAAGAAUUCCUUCCAAGGAAGAAUUCGUUGCCAGAAUCGAAGAAAUCUUGAAGGUUUACCCAGCUGCCAACUUCUGGGUCAACCCAGACUGUGGUUUGAAGACCAGAGGAUGGCCAGAAGUCAAGGAAUCUUUGACCAACAUGGUUGAAGCUGCCAAGUACUUCCGUGCCAAGUACGAAAACUAGAUGCUCUAGCUUCUAGUUUUCCACGCUUGUCGUGUGCAUUAUUCAAUUCUUCGUUGUUGAUGCUGUAUCCUUUACCGAUUACAUUUAUUCAACAUUAAUGUAAUUUUAUUAUUAACUAAUACUAUCUUUUUAUUGUGAUGAAACCUUUUCAUGAUUAUAUGAACUUGUUCAUAAUGCUUUUUUGUUUUUUGUUUUAAGAGUUUUUUUUUUGAGGGAGGGAAGUACGGGUUGAAUUGAAUUCGGCCAAAGUCCUUGCUAUCCUACAAGAAAGGGGUUUAAAAUUUUUUGGGAUUUCAACAUCGGUUAUACUUAUAUAUUAUGAAAAUUAAUAAUAUGUUAAUUUUU